AAAGCUCUCAAUGGGCCGCUUGGUACUGCCGAACGUAAGAUAUUACGCCUUGUAGGGGUAUCAAUGCCACUUGUUGUUGUUUCGGGUAGUACAGUAUAUAACCCGGCUGUGGAAUCGUUUAUAAGAGACCUGUAUAAUGCCGAAGGCGUUCCUGUAGUCUUUACCAAUAAGUUUGGUUUCCCCCUCGUAUAU